CCAUUGUAGCCAAUGAAGUCAACAGGUGCGACCAUCUAUCCAUUAGCCUACUUGACAUCAUAGCAACGCCCGUCUGUCAAUCAAGUGACGUAAUGAGUCACGCCCCCAGCAUCAUCAGCAGAGGUUCUUCAUUUGCCAUUUCUCUGGUUACUCUACUUAGUGGAAAUAUCGUUGUCAGUUUUGUUUUCGAAUCUUAACCUCUUUUUUGUUUUGUAAAAUGUCACAAGAACUUUCAAUGGACAACCUUUUUGCUAUCCUUGUGUUGGCGGGGGUGACACUCUUUCUGUGGUUGUUGAUUCGGCGACCCAGCGGUAUCCCCCCAGGACCCAGCUUCACCCUCCCCAUCGUCGGUAACGUCUUUCAGAUAGGAGAUAACCCAAUAAAGACAUUCCGAAACAUGAGGAAGAAGUACGGAGACGUAUUCGGCGUCUACAUCGCAAAUCGCUUGGUCGUCGUAAUCAACGGGUUUCAUAACCUGAAAGAAGCUUUCGUGAAAAAUGGCGACAUCUUUUCUGAGAGACCACAUUUGUAUUUCACGAAUACAAUUACAAAAGGUAAAGGAGUUCUGGGAUCCAGCGGUGAAGUGUGGAAAGAACAGAGGAAGUUUGCUUUAUUCACGCUCAGGAAACUGGGUAUGGGGAAAAACAUUUUAGAACUCAAAAUUCAAGAGGAGAUAACAUCCUUCAUUGAAGAAAUGGCAAGACAAAAUGGUGAGGCAACAGAUUUCCGACAUACUAUAGGCACUUCAGUAUGUAACAUUAUUUCGUCUAUUGUGUUUGGAAAGAGAUUCGAAUACGACGAUCCAAAAUUUGUUAAAUUUCUCAAAAUUGUCGACGAAAAUGUUGCCAUGCCUCCAGCACUUAAUUUCUUCCCGUUCCUUCGAUUUCUGCCUGGCGAUGUGUUUAAAAUCAAACUCAUGAUGCGAGGAAUAGAAACUAUUCAGAGGGAACUGUUUAAGUCUUCCAUCGAGCAGCAUGUUGCAAGUUACGACGAAGACGACACCGACGACUUCAUCAGUGCAUACAUCAAAGAGAUGAAGCAGAAGGAGAGCCUGGGAGACGGCAACAGCAGCAGCAUCAACAAGGAAAAUCUGCGCGCGGUGAUUCAAGACCUCUUCAUUGCGGGCAUGGAAACAACUUCAACCACUAUUCGAUGGCUUCUGCUGUACUUGCUGCAUUUCUCUGACGUUCAGGAGAAAUGUUUUGCUGAAAUCCAGGACAAUGUGGGAUGCGACAAAACAAUUUGUGUCGAGGACAAAACAAAACUUCCGUACCUAGAGGCGACGAUAAUGGAAACCUUGCGUUAUGCUAAUGUUGUACCCCUAGCUUUAAUGCACGGCGUUUCCAAGGAGACUACGUUUAAAGGUUAUCGAAUCCCAAAAGAUGCCUUGAUCGUCCCUAACAUUGACUCAGUUUUGUCCGACACCGCGAUCUGGGGAGAUCCUGAGAAUUUCCGACCUGACAGAUUUCUGGAUGAAAAUGGACGCCUCACCAAACCGGAAGAGUUCAUCCCGUUUUUGUUAGGACCUAGGAACUGCCUGGGAGAAUCGUUGGCCAGGAUGGAGUUGUUCCUCUUUGUGGCGUCGAUGCUACAAAAGUUUGAGUUUGUCAAAGGAGAAGGAAACGUUCUUCCAACUUUGCAGUGUGUUCUCGGUUUUACACGAGCGCCUCAACACUUUGUGGUCAGAGCUGUGUUAAGAAUAUAGAAACUCAUUUUAAAAGGACUAUCCUCAGUUUGUAGCCCUAGCCGGUUUAUCCUAGUAGCACAUGUAGCACGUGUUACUUUUCCCGCGCUUCAGGGGAACCCGCGGUGAUCUAUACAUUUAUUUUGCCCAGGUCAUUUUCCCCUCUCCCCGAAUGGGUUGCAAAAUAUAUAUCCUGGGAAGGGAGUCCCGCUGUUAUUUGUGCUACAGGCCCCGCGGAUCCUUAAACCGAAUCUGCCUAUCCAGGGUUUCUGCCAGAGGGUACCAAGGGUAAAAUUAUGUACCCGAAAAUCUUUGAUAUAGUUUUAGAAUGUUUAGAAAGAUUAUAGUAAGAGAACUGAAGUUUAAAAGUCGACAAAGCACACGAAAUGCAGCGUCCUAUUUAAAAAACGAUUUCAAACCCAUUACCACCUUGUAGUGGCACUUAAGAUAUGCUUUAUUUUUAUUAUGUACCCUAAAAAAAAUUUCUUCCGUCUGUUCCUCCCCCUCCCCCAACAAAAUAAACGCACGUCCUGCUUUUUCCCCUUUUACUGUGGCUGUAAAUCUGAACGUUCAAACCCCUAUCUCUGCACUAUGCAGUGUCGAAUGGGCAUUUUGCAAACUAGUGGUUGAUUUCGUGUAUCUCUAUGUAGUGCUUCGUCUAUAGGACAGACACCCUUGAGGAGAUCCUUUACUGGACAAAACAUACUUCCUGCACCGCUCAAAGAUGACUGCCACUCCAAGACUUGUUUACUAAAUCAACUUAGCACAGGUUAGAACUCACUGGAAUAAAUAUCAUAGCUAUGUU